GCCUUGUGACUGAAUAAUACAACAAAAAUAUUUAUGUUACGACGUAGUCGACUACUUCCUCCUGUAAAAAAGUCAACAAAUUGUUUAUUUAAUUUCCAUGCAAAGUGAGCGACCUUGCUAUAUUGUCAGCCGUUUCAAAUGUUUACAGAUUUGUUUGAAAAUGCAUUGAUUAAAGAUAAUUAAUAUAGCGAUAUUUAAUUGAACAGUAAACCGUAGGCUUUGUCAAGACAAGUCGCAACUGUCAAUUAAAAUUCUACGCUGUCAAUAGGCUACCAACAUUAUGUCAGCGAGUUUAUCUGACUCACUGUUAGUUAGCCACAUGCAAUCAGCGUAAUUAGACCUGGAAAUCAUAACAGAACUUUGUAAUGGCACAAAAUGACCACCCCACCAGUUUGGAAUACCAGGACAGUUUUGAUGGAAGUCUAGUCAACACUCCAGUUUCUGAUUUUCAAGACCCUGAGCUUGAAUUUGACGAAGAUGGUUUAGCUUUAGCUGCAAAAGAAGCUGAAUUAGACAUUGAAGCUGAACUAGAAGGGGAGAGUAUCCAAAAUGGAAGUCAUGAUUAUGGUGCCCCUGUUUUGAACUGGGACAUUGGAGCAGAGUUGUCAAGGAACCAUGCUGAGGGCAGCUCCCCAUUCCGAGGUGGAGGCUCCAUCACUCCUGAUGGACUGAUAGAGGAGGACUAUGAGGAGGAGAUUGGACGCCCUAUUGAUGAGGAACUCAAGGAAGCAGACGGGGAGUACCAUGACAUCGCCAGACAUGGGAUUAUCGAGGUUGUCGGCGACGACAUCUACGGCAGGAAGGUGAUUGUGUUCUCAGCGUGCAAAUUGCCACCCAAAACGGAACUUGACCAUGGUAGACUGUUAGAGUUCAUGAAGCACACAGUAGACCAGUAUGUGGAGAUGGACUACGUGAUAGUGUACUUCCACCACGGCCUCACCAGCAAGAACAAGCCCAAACUGUCCUGGAUGGUCCAGGUCUACCGGGAGCUUGACAGGAAAUACAAGAAGAACUUGAAGGCUCUGUACCUUGUACAUCCAACUAACUUCAUUAAAAUUCUCUACAGUAUCUUCAAACCGUUCAUCAGAUGCUUGGAAAUUUGGAAUUUGGGUAGAGAUUACUUCGGUGAACAAUCGCGUGCCAAGUUUGGAAAGAAAAUGAUGUACGUGAACUAUCUUCAUGAACUGAAGACUUACCUGCAUUUUGACCAGCUCAAAGUUCCUGCACCAGUCUUAAAGUACGAUGCCAAGCUAGUGGCUGCACAGAAGCCAGCCUACCCAUACACAGGGGAGGUUCAGAGGAACAACAGCUCCUUGAAAACUCAGCAGUUUGGAGUGACUCUCAGUCUUAUAAAGGCCAAUUAUGGAGAGGUGAUACCUCCAGCUGUGAAGCAGACAGUGGAGUUUCUCCGUGGAAACGCAUUGGAUUCUGAGGGAAUCUUCCGUCGAAGUGCUAACGCUGCCACCUUGAAGGAAGUGCAGACUCGUCUGAACAAUGGAGAGGUUAUCAACUUUGAGGACUAUGAGGAUGUUACCAUAGCAGCCGUUACUCUCAAGACAUUCCUGAGGGAGCUUAAAGAACCAAUCCUCACGUUCGAGUUGUAUGAGCCUAUUGUUCGGCUACACGGUCAAGAUAAAGAUAGACAGAUCAUAGAGGCCAAGAGAAUGCUGACUGAGGAGCUGCCAGAAGAUAACUACGUAGUCCUAAAGUACAUUCUAGAUCUACUGGUCGAGGUGGCUGCCCACUCAGAGAAGAACAGGAUGACCACAGUAAACCUCGCCAUCUGUUUCGGCCCCAACCUGAUAUGGCCACGGGGCCAGGUCUCCCUUAGUGCCCUCGGACAUUUCAACACUUUCGCUCUCUUGCUUCUGGAGAACUUUGACACUCUAUUUGAGGCCGAUUCUGGCUGAUUUUUUAUGUCAUUCCAAUUUGUACAAAUCUACUUUCUUUGUUAAUUGAAAGUUUUCUUGUAGGGCAUGGUGUUUUGGGAGCUUUCUAGCGGGGCGUGGAAUUUGAAGUCCUUUAACUGUAGAAUAAAAGUGGGUUAAUACAAGUGCCGGCUUUUAGACCUGCUAUUGUUUGUAGACAAGUGUUGAUUUAUAAGUUUAAAGCCAAAAUUGGAUGAAGUGAUAUGUGUUUUUACUUUGGAGAAUAGGUUGUUGGGAUGAGCUGUAUUUACAUGACAAGAUAGGAUGUAUACUAAUUAAAAUGAAUUAUCACAUUUUUCAGGGACCACGUGUUCAUUUACUUUCUAAUGUUUACUUAUCAGUCUUUACUCUGACUGAAAUAUAAUUUAUAUUAUACAAAUUAUGAAAUUUAUCUGUUUAUAUAUCAAUUGUUAAUGGCAAAAUAGACAUGUUAAUUAUCCCAGCAGAAUCUUAGAGUUUUCUGGAAAUUUGAGUUAUUCAAGAUUUAAUGAUACACAGUUUUUAACCUGGAGUAUUUGUUACAUAAAAGAGGUUAAUCCCAACUUUAUACAGAUUAUUUUCUUUUGUGUGUUUGGCGUUAAUGCCUCAUUAAAGAUGUUACAAGUCAAUAUCAGAAACCACUCAUGCCUCACUGAAUAUUCUGGUUUGUCCACAGUUGUACACUGAAAAGGUCAAGCAGAACUGUCAAAACAACCUGCAUUUCAUGAGAUAUGGAAUGGAAUGUAAUAUUUUUGUUAUUGUACUUAGCCAUUAAAAAGGGUCCAUAAAUGAGAAAAUUUUAAAUACUGGUAAUAAAACUGAAGUUGAGACAAAAUCUUAAGCUACAUGUAACAAAAUGGUGUCCUACAAAUAUUCACAAAAGAGUGUUUAGAACCAUUAUAAUUAUGAGCAUCACAAGAACAGGUUGCACUGAGGUGUAUUUCAGUUUUUUAACCAGGUUUUUAACCAGGUUUUCCGAAGGAAAAAACUGGUUAUUAGAUUGGCGAAUGCGGGCUGGCUGGCUGGCGGGCGGGCGGAACAAGCUUGUCCGGGCCAUAACUAUGUCGUUCAUUGUCAGAUUUUAAAAUUAUUUGGCACAUUUGUUCACCAUCAUUGGACGGUGUGUCGCGCGAAAUAAUUACGUCGAUAUCUCCAAGGUCAAGGUCACACUUUGAGUCCAAAGGUAAAAAAUGGCCAUAAAUGAGCUUGUCCUGGCCAUAACUAUGUCAUUCAUUGUGAGAUUUUAAAAUCAUUUGGCACAUUUGUUCACCAUCAUGGGACGGUGUGUCGCACGAAAGAAUCGCUUCAAUAUCUCCAAUGUCAAGGUCGCCACGACUAAAAAUAGAAUUUUUUUUAAAACAAACUUACAAAGGGGGUUAAUUUUGUUUGUUCAUUUCAAAAGUUCAGUUUGAGUUUUCUCCCUUUAUCAGAUUUUUUUUUCACAAUGAAAACCUGGUUUUGUGACAAUUUUGUCCCUUGUUUUAAUUUUAGGUUAAAUGUAUUGCCUUAAGAAAAUUCAGAAACAUAUCAUGUCUUGAUAUUGUUGGAAGUGAAUUAGAUGUUGUCUCAGAUGAUAAAGUAGUGUUUGACAUCAGUUAUCUUUAUUUUUACAAGCAUUAAGAACUGCCUGCAUGAUGGUGCCCUUAAAUUUGUGCUAAACAUGUUGAACAUGUAUAUUUUAGACAAGCACAUGUUAAUUCAUAUUAUGCUGAACAUUUCGCCUCAGCUUAAUCUUAAAUUGGAAGCUUUUUUUGAAGACUAUAUAAUACUCAAAUUAUUUUCAUUCUCAAAUUAUAUUAUUAAUAUUUGUGCCAUUAUUAUAAAAACCAUAUGCAUUAUCGUGCGUACCAGUUCAUUUCUUCUUUUUGAGUUGUUAAUGAGUACAUGUAGUUCUUUAAUGCUAAUCGUGUUAUUUGUAUGAAGCGCACUGGGCAAGCAUCAUGUAAUAAUUAUCUUCUUAAGACAGUCUGACUCGUAUGUUGUUAUGUUUGCAUUUUUUUUUAGAGCUUUGUAAUGAAAAUCUGAGCAUUUUAUAAAAUAAGUCAGCAUAACACGGUAUGUGGAAUGUAGAAAAACAGUUACUUAAUAUGGUUUGCUAUUAAAGUAUGCUUUUUAUAUCAAUGAAAAUAAUGUAAUAAAUGAGACGAAAAAUUGAACAAUUUACUUCUAGCAGACUCUUUAAAACUGAAGAAAAAAAGUUUUCUUAAUCAUUGUACAUUUCAAAAACCCUGUCCAAUGGUAAUUUUUAGGUCAUUUUUAAGGUGUGUCUUGUGUUCUAAUUAAUGUAACUUCCAGGUCUUAUAUAGCCACCUAUAUAUGAACAAAGAAUAUCACUUGUUGUAUACAAUAUAUCACAUUCUGUAACCUUGAUAUUGUAUGUAGCAGCAUGCAAAUUUAUAUUAGGCAUGCUUUCCCAGUUAUUUAGAUGUACAUGUAUUGUCUAGGGUCUGCAACAUCAAUACUUUGGUCCAGUUACAAAGUUCUUUUAAAAAGCAAUUAACAAGCUUUUUCAAUGGAAAUUCAUUCACUUUUAUUUAAAUUAAUCACAAAUCAUAUACCUCAGAUAGUAUUUAUUCAUCUAGUUUCAGUGCAUUGCACUGUUUUGCACUUGUAUAUAUUAUAAUAUUGCCUGUGUUUGGGUAAGUUCAUUGUGAAAUCUUUUCUCAUAAAUAAAUUCAUGCUGGAUUUGUUUUCCAUGUUCAUGCUGGGCUUUGUUUUUGCAUGUGUUUUACGAGGUAAAUUACAAAAUACUGUAACUGUAUAUCAAUGGGAUAUUCCUGAACCUAUUUAAACCACUUCCAGUGCGAGAAAUAAUGUAUUCAUGUGAACAAUAUUUUAUAUAUAUGUGUCUUGUUCUGACAAAACUGGGCAUAAUGCAUGUGCGUAAAGUGCCGUCCCAGAUUAGCCUGUGCAGUCCGCACAGGCUAAUCAGGGACGACACUUUCCGCUUAAACUUGAUUUUCGGUAAGAAGGGACUUCCUUCAAACUAAAAAUACCUUACAAGCGGAAAGUGUCGUCCCUGAUUAGCCUGUGCAGACUGCACAGGCUAAUCUGGGACGGCACUUUACGCACAAGCAUUAAGCCCAGUUUUCACAGAACAAGACACAUAUACAUAUAUAUGAGCCUCACUCUGGGACAAUGGGCCCUAAUGCAUGUGAGGAACGGGUCUGCAAAGGCUUGUCAGACAACUCUAUCCGCUUUUAUGUUUUUUUCAUCGAAAGGAAGUUGUUCUUAGAAAAAAUCAAGUUUAUGCAGUAAUUGUUUUCCCUGAAAGGCCUGUGCAGCAUGCACAGGCUAAUUUGAUAUGAAACUUUCACACAUGCAUUAAGCGCGGCAUUGCCAGCGCGAAGGCUCAAAUAGUAAUACAUAAAGGUUAAUAAAUGGGUGGGGAAAAUGUUGGCAAGGUAAACAUUGUGUUAAUUGUCACAACUAGUUGUGUUCACUGCUUGUAUACAAAAAUGUUCUCAAAUGUUGAACAAUGGCAGUUGUGAUAGCUAGAAAUUUUGAAAAAGUCAAAAACUUUAUUUGUUAUACAUCUGUUCCAUUUAUUUAAAGGGAUUUGUGUUAUUUGUAAUUGAUUUUAUCUUUUCAUAAUGCUUUAGUGUUAGCUUUCUAUUACAUUUUGAAAGGUUAAAUAUUUAUUUUAAUCAUACAUGUAUGAUUUAGACCUCAUUUAAAUUAAUAUUUAUUAUUAAUAUUUUGCAAAUAAGACACAUGCGAUUGUAAAAUUAAUAUCAGAAUUUUCUAUAUUUUCUAUAAUCUUUGAAUUCAGUCGGAUAGUAAAAAUUUUGCUAAAAUAAUUAAGAGCUGUUUUGCUUUAAUGCUAUUUAUCUGUUGCAAUGAUUUUGUCACAGUAUUUACUGGCGUGCUCUUGACAUUUAUUUACAGGAAGACAUACAUCUAUUUCAAGAACUAUCUGUUCCUCCGUUGUUGUUUUGUUCUUGCUUGUGCAUAUGCUUAUUGAUUAUUUGUUUCAAACCAUGUUAUGUCUUAUGUUUCAGUUGUACUGGCAAGUCAUGUGUAUGUCUUUUCUUAACUUGUUUUCUAUUAUUGUAAAUGACACAAGUACUAAGUUCAAAUAAAUAUGUUAUUUAUCAAAA